AUGGUGACCUUUUGCUGCUGUAGAUCUGUGAAGGACUUUCAUCCUAGACCUUUGCAACCCGCCGAGUCAUAUCAACAUAUGAAGAUAAUCUCCGGUAGGAAGUCUAGAUUUAAAGCAAAGAGUAUAGUUUCUGAUGGUUUCCCUCCUCUGUUCUUGCGUAGGAAGCAUCGGAUUAUGGUAGCCAAAGACAUGUGUGGUAAUCAUCGCAGACUUGCUCAUGUUGGAGGGGAAAAUCCUGAGCUGAGAGCACAACUUCCCCCUUUUGAUUUCCCUUUGUUACAGAGAAGGCCCCCAGUUGUUAUAGUUGGGGAGUGGUACUGCCCCUUUAUCUUUAUCAAUGAAUUGGGUACCAGAUUGAAGGAUCCUCAGAUUCAGGUCAUGGAGUGUCCCUUCUACAAGAUGGAUCUAGAAAAGUUCUGGGAAGAGAUAUAUUCUACUGGAGGCGAGAUAUAUUCUACUGGAGGCGUGACAGAAAAAUAUGUUGAUGUGGAGAAAAGCUUAAUGGUUGAAGAAGUGUUACUGUUUGGAGAAGAGGAAACUGAGGAGAUUAGAGAUACUGAUGGGAGUGUUUUGUUUAGAGGUGUGGGGAAGCAAUCAAGAAGGGGUGUUGGUGUGAAGCUUAGCUGGCCCAUCAUUGCCAAAAUGAGGGCGGAUCAAGAAAGAUAUGGAUUAGAAGGAGUAAGAGAUGUGAGGGUGAAGAAAUCCUUUAGUAGCAAUGGGAUGGCAAGAAAAUUUUCUUGUUAUGUUGUAGUGGAAAGAUAUGUAUUGAAAAGAAUGGACGGGAGCGUUGCUCUUACUUAUUCUUUCAGAAAUUCGAACCAAAUCCAGGGGAAGUGGGAAGUAUGA